AUGUCCUCAACGAACGAAGAGGACCCGUUCCUCCAAGUUCAAGCCGAAGUCCUAACCUCCCUAACCUCCACCCGCCAACUCUUCACCUCAUACCUCCGCAUCCUCUCCCUCAGUCCCACCCCCACAAACCCCGAGCUCCUCUCCGCCCGCGCCGAACUAACCUCCUCGCUCAACUCCCUAACCGAAGACCUCUCCGACCUCUCCGCUUCCGUCUCCGCCGUGCAGUCCGACCCCUACAAAUAUGGACUGGAGAUAGAGGAAGUAGCACGGCGGAGACGGCUGGUUGAGGAGGUAGGGGGCGAGAUUGAGGAUAUGCGGGAGGAGCUCGCAAAACCGUCCAUCCAAUCUGCCUCCUCAGCAAACGGGAAGGGGAAGGGGUUGGGGAUCAGUGGGAGUGGGAGUGGACUUGGGGACUCGGAAGAAGGGGGCAUGGAUUACAACGCCGAGUUCGAACACCAGCAACAGCUACACAUGAUGGCGGAGCAAGACACCACAUUGGAAAGCGUCUUUCACACGGUAGGGAAUCUAAGGCAACAAGCAGACCACAUGGGUCGGGAGCUGGAAGAGCAAGCUGAGAUGCUGGAUACAGUUGAUAACCUCGCGGAUCGGGUGGGAGGACGCCUGCAGACGGGGAUUAAGAGUAUGGGGACUGUGAUAAGGCGGAAUGAGGAGAGGUUUAGUAGUUGUUGUAUUGGGGUGUUGAUUUUUGUGUUGGUGUUGUUGUUGGUGCUUGUUUUGGUUUUAUGA